AUUUCAUGUUUUCUUAAAGUUUACUAUAAUAUUUUCCUCUUGUUUAUUUGGAACAGUUUCUGUUUAAAGAAAGAAAUUUAUUUCCGAAAUAUUUUUCUUGAAUUAAGAUUUGUCUUCUGGUGUUGAUUACUUUGAAUGUCCAUUAUAACGUUCCGAGAUCAUUUAAAAUAUUUAUCUAGCUCUGAUAGAAAUUGACUGAAUAUUUGUAUUAGAAAUGUAGUUAUAUCGUUUGAAAUGACAAGUUUCAUUGUGUUUUUUUUUGUUGUUAUUGGUGUAAUUAUGACAAAGGUGUUUAUAGGGUGCAUUGCGGAAGAGAAUGAAGUUGUGAUGUUAGUUCAUAAACAGUUCCUGGCUGAUAACUACGCUACUGUACACGGAUUUGCAAAACAAUUGAGCAGUGACAAGAACAUAGUUCGACUGCUUAGUUACGAAAUAUUGACACCGCUACUAGACUUUGGCAUUGAAUCAACAUUGCUGAAUAUAACUGACCAACAAAUUCAAGCCUUUUCAAAUGUAAAUCGUUUAGAAACAUGUCAAUAUAACAUAAUGACGGACAGAUUUCUAAGUACUUUAAGAUUUACAACAAAUCAUCCAAGAGGAUUCAUAUUUUUUGAAACUGAUGGUGAUACAGCACUAGUAGCAAAGACAUUAUUUUUUAGCAAAGCACACUACCGGAAUGCCGGACUUCAUCUUUUUCGAAUUCUCGAGAGACAGAUUUCCAAGACAAAAAUGCAUGUCAAAUUUGAUAAUGUAACAGAUAUCUCAGUUACAAGAUGGAAUAUGCUGUCACAUGUCGGAGGUUCAUUCUUUCCGGAGUUUUGCAAGGCUGCUUCAAACCCUUAUUGUCCGAAUGGAUACAAGUGUUCCUGGAGUAAGAUGUGUAUAUCUCUCAACCAGAUCUGUGAUGGCCAAAGACAAUGUCCUCAUGGCGACGACGAGCUUCUUUGUGACUUCACUUGCCCAAAUAACUGUACGUGUGUUGGCUUUGCUAUUGAUUGUCAAAAUAAGGAUCUGGACAUUGAUGGAGUUGAAACAUUGCCUCUCAACACUCGACACUUAGACAUCAGUAUGAAUAAAAACCUCAGCUUAAUUUUAGAUGACUCUCAAUUGAAUAUGAAGCACUUGGUCAGACUGAACGUUUCUGACUGCAACGUCAGGAAUAUUUCAGGCAAAUCGUUUUCUAAUAUAUAUAAUUUAAAGGUUCUGGAUGUGAGUUACAAUCUCCUUACGGUCCUGCGUAAGAAUGUGUUCAAAGUACUGAUAUAUCUUACUUCGUUGUAUUUACAUGGUAGCUAUGACCUAGUAACAAUAGAAGGUGGUGCAUUUGAAGGUCUCGUCAACAUACAAGGACUGCAACUUGUGGAUUCAAAAUUAAGAACAAUCUCUGCUUAUACGUUUUCUGGGUUAAUUCUUAAAUAUAUAGAUUUUUCUAACAACAGUAUAACAGAUAUUGCUGACUUUGCUUUCGAUGACCUAUCAGCUGAAAUGAUUAACUUUGAAAGAAAUGAAAUCAAACAUCUGAAUAGAAAAAUAUUUGCUGGAGUUCGAAACUUGAAACAACUUAAAACGCCGGCAUAUAAGUUCUGUUGUAUCCGGCCAACCUAUCUUCCUGAACAUGAUUGUUACCCGUGGAAGGAUGAAUUUUCGUCAUGUGAAGAUUUAAUGCGGCUUUCAGCAUUGCAAACGAUGCUUUGGUUUGUUGGUAUAUCGGCGCUAUUAGGCAACUUCUUUUCCAUCGUCUACAGAUUGGUAUACGACAGGGAAAGACUAAAACUAGGCUAUGGAAUUUUUGUCACGAACUUGGCAGGUGCAGAUUUCCUGAUGGGAAUAUAUCUAAUUGUCAUCGCUAUAGCAGACGCUGUUUACAGGAAACGAUACAUUUACAUGGAUGAAUACUGGAGGGGAAGUGGAUGGUGUACUUUUGCGGGAGUCCUUUCUACCGUAUCGUCUGAAGCCAGUGUGUUCUUUCUUUGCCUUAUUACACUAGACAGGCUCUUUGUUAUAAAGUUUCCGUUUGGUCAGAUAAGAUUUAAUUCAAUCAAGGCACAUUUAUGCUCGGUUGUAGCAUGGAUUAUUGCUCUUUUCAUUGCUUUGCUGCCGGUAUUUUACGAAAGUUAUUUCCAAAACCAAUUUUACUCCAAGUCCGGUGUCUGCAUUGCGUUGCCUUUGACAAGGGAUCGCCCUCCCGGCUGGGUUUAUUCUGUUACUGUGUUUGUCGGCCUAAAUUUUGUCACCUUUAUUUUAGUGGCAUUUGGCCAGGUUUCAAUUUUCAUGGAAGUAAGAAAGUCUAGCUUACGUAUGAAAAAAAUGCAAUCUGCCAGAAGAAAGGAUUUGACAGUUGCACGAAAUUUACUACUUGUGGUUACAACCGACUUUAUGUGCUGGUUCCCGAUUGGAGUUAUGGGAAUGAUGGCCUUAAAUGGUCACGUGAUUUCGGGAGAUGUUUAUGCUUGGUCGGCUGUGUUUAUAUUGCCGAUCAAUUCUGCACUGAAUCCGAUAUUGUAUACUGUGAGUGCCAUCCUUGGAAAAACGAAAUUCAAUCCAAGUACAGAUGAACAAACACGCACAGAACUUUCGAAGGAGCUUGGUGAUUACAUAAAAGAAUAUCAAAGUAUAAACAGACAGUUAAGCAGGCGUGGUACUUUGAGAAAGAGGUACAGAUGUAUUGAAGAAAUCGUUGAAAACGAUAUAAAAGUGUUUCCCUUUAUCACGCUAAAAGUGUCUUACGAAUUGUUCAGAUGUAUAGAAGUACUGCACAGAGCCUUUUUAGUUUUUGGAACAAUUGAUAAGGAUACAGUUUGUAUCAGAACAUGGAAUGGAAAACUUACUGGAGAUGUUCUUAUAAAGAAAGAUCAUAUUUCUACAACAAAAAAUGAAGACCUUAGAAGCGACAUACUUCAGACUGGAAAAGUCAUAAAUGCGUUGAUUAAACAUAGCAUGAAACAAAAGACAGAUAUAUAGUAACUUUCCUUUGAUACAAAUUCAAAGUAUCUUUUUUUUAUUAUUUUUUUUAAUAUUUUGACUAAAGUAUUUUUCUUACUUUCAUUUGGAUUGAUUUAUUAUUGAGUAUUACUGUAAACUAAUGCGAAGAAGUGUGAUGUUCGAUAAAGCU